UUUAUGAAGAAGAGCAGUCUGAAGCUCUUUAAGGUGUAACAGGACACGCGCUGCAGCCAGAGGACAUCCAGCACCAUGAGGGGAUCAAUCAUGAUGGCCAUCAAGCCUCUGAAAUCACAACAGGUUCUGUCUCAUUUUGUGUGAUUAGUCUUAAUUCACCCACCGCGACCGGGAAACAUGGACAGCGGCCAGAGCCCGAGGCCAGUGCCGUCCUGUAAAAGCGCACACGAGCCCAUCCGCUUCGGCAUCGACCAAAUUCUGGGCUCCUCGGACAGCGCCCCGGAGAGCCCCUCUGGGACCACCACUGCACCUUUCCCUGCCCUGUCCCCCUCCAGGGUCACUCUGGAGGGUUCAGUGGUGUAUGGGGGUGGCAGGGUGGGUCACCGGGGGGUGAUCAGGGUUCCCGCUCACAGGCCACUGACCGCCGCCUCCAUCCCCAUGGGAGCAGCAGCGGCGGCUGCGGCGGGGUUUGGAGCGCUCUGCUUCCCCUGGGUGGAUCACAGCCGCAGAUUUGCCACCAAAGACAGACUGGCAGUUCCAGCUCUCCUCCCACUGGGUCUGACCCGCAGAGUUGGUCACCCCUAUCAGAACCGAACUCCGCCCAAGCGGAAGAAACCGCGCACUUCCUUCAGUCGCGUGCAGAUCUGCGAGCUGGAGAAGCGCUUCCAUAGGCAGAAGUAUCUGGCCAGCGCGGAGCGCGCGGCUCUCGCCAAGAGCCUCAAAAUGACCGACGCUCAGGUCAAAACGUGGUUCCAGAACCGCAGGACCAAAUGGAGGAGACAGACUGCUGAGGAGAGGGAGGCUGAGCGACAGCAGGCCAAUCGGAUGCUGCUCCAGCUGCAGGCUGAUGUGCUUCAGAGGUCCAUCAGUGAAUCCGUGUCUGUAGAUCCUAUGUGUGUUAAUAACUCCUCCCUGUAUGCCCUGCAGAACCUGCAGCCAUGGGCUCAGGAAAAAACGGGCAAACUGGCAACCACUACAUCACUGGCCUAAAGUCAUUGUAAUGUGCUGUAGCAGCACAGGCUUUGUACGAUCUGUGAGUGAUUUGAGGAUAAGCAAAACUGCACAGGUUUGUGUAAGCUUAUUUCUCAUAAUUCAGUAUUAAUUCAGUAUUAAAAUGGCACUGAAGUGACAGAGGAGUGCAAUAAUUUUAAUUCUUCAUCAGUGAUUUUA